AUGGAUCAUGUUGGCGCUCAUCUUCACCAGACUCAAACAGAGCCGAUAAAUUUUGGGAUCGAUCAAAUCUUGAACAAUGCAGCGGAUCAGGGGAGUUGCAUGAUUCCCAACAGCAGGAUCCAAGAAUCCGAUUGGGGUUUAGGAUGUAUCGUCGGUAGUGCUUACCAAACGAUGGCCGGCAAUUAUAACAUCAGCAAUGCUGGGGGAUAUAACAGCAACUCGUGCAGUGGUGUAUCUUUUAACGGUUCCUACAAUAUGGGUAUGAACAUGAACGGGAGUAACUUGAAUCCGGCCGGAGUGAUACGCGUGCCAGCUCAUCGACCACUAACUAACGCUCAUUCAUCUAUACCCACAAGCAUGGCUACAGUGCCAGGUAUUGGAACCGUGAACACCAUCAAUAAUCUCACGGGAUUAACAUUUCCUUGGAUGGAGAGUAACAGAAGGUUUGCAAAAGAUAGAUUUACAGGUCACCCGUACCAGAACCGGACACCACCCAAGAAGAAGAAGCCUAGAACGUCGUUCACUAGACUUCAGAUUUGUGAACUGGAAAAGAGAUUUCAUCGACAGAAGUAUCUGGCGUCCACAGAAAGAGCGAGCCUUGCGAAGUCACUCAAAAUGACUGAUGCACAAGUCAAAACUUGGUUUCAAAACAGAAGAACUAAAUGGAGACGACAGACGACAGAGGAAAGGGAAGCCGAACGGCAACAGGCCAACCGAAUCCUCAUUCAACUCCAACAGGAGGCUUUUCAAAAAACACUGAAUCACCAGGCGAACCCGGACCCGCUUUGCCUUCACAAUACGUCCUUGUAUGCUCUUCAGAACCUCCAGCCUUGGACUGAAGCCUCCGGGAAAAUAAGCAGUUUGGUCUCCUGCGAUUAA